AAGAACCCUCCAGUCACCACCCUCUAUAUCUCCUCUUCCUUAUUCUUUGUGAAAACAAGGACUUUGGGAUGUAUCCUUUUCCAUGGGGACAUGAGACCAAACUAUAAAUACACAAACAUAGAGGUUGCAAAUUAACCAUCUAUAAAGAGGAAUCAAAAGAACCCACCACCCUCUCUCUCUCUCUCUCUCUCUCUCUCUAUAUAUAUAUAUAUACAUCUCCUCUUCCUAGUUUGUGACAAAGCCAAAAUGACUAGUGCUCCUUUCUCUUCUUGGCCUUGGGAAAAUCUUGGUGUUUACAAGUAUGUACUCUAUGGGCCACUUAUAGCUAAGGCAUUUACCUCAAAAGCAUGGGAGUUUGGUAAUCCAAAUAAAUGGUGCCUCCACAUCCUAAUCCUCUUUGCACUAAGAGGCGCUGUCCAUCAACUUUGGUACACCUUUAGCAACAUGCUCUUCCUCACCCGCCGCCGCCGCAUUUUCACCGACAGCGUCGAUUUCGAUCAAAUCGACAAAGAAUGGGAUUGGGACAACUUUUUAAUACUGCAAUGCUUGAUAGGAGCCAUGAGUCUCUACACCUUCCCAGCACUCAGAGAUCUCCCUCAGUGGGAUGUGUGGGGGAUUUUAUUAGCAUUUUUUCUCCAUGUCACAAUCUCAGAGCCUUUGUUCUACUUUGUGCAUAGGGCCUUUCAUAGAGGCCACCUCUUCUCUCUCUACCAUUCCCUCCACCACUCCUCUAAAGUCCCCCAGUCCUUCACAGCUGGAUUUGCCACACCAUUGGAGCACCUCAUCCUAAGUGUGGUCAUGGGAGUUCCCCUCCUUGUGCCGUGCCUUGUGGGAAAUGGCUCUCUUGGUUUGAUCUAUGGCUAUGUGUUGCUCUUUGAUUUCCUUAGGUGCAUGGGGCACAGUAAUGUGGAGGUGUUUCCCCACAAGCUUUUUGAGGCUCUUCCUCUCCUCAAGUACUUCAUCUACACCCCAACGUAUCACAGUGUUCAUCACAUGGAAAAGAACUCAAAUUUUUGUUUAUUUAUGCCUUUGUUUGAUCUUUUGGGAGGGACACUUGAUAACAAGACAUGGAAGCUACACAAGGAGAUAAGCUUAGGGAGAAAUGAUCAGGUGCCCGACUUCGUCUUCCUCGCUCACGUUCUCGAUCUGGUAUCCGCCAUGCACGUGCAGUUCAUAUUCCGAUGGCAUAGCUCGAUGCCGUUCGCGGUGAAGCCCUUGUUGCUGGUGUUUUGGCCUGUUGCAAUUGUGAUCAUGCUCUGCAUGUGGGCUUGGUCCAAAACUUUCUUGGUCUCCAUGUAUAGAUUGCGCGGUCGAUUGCACCAGAUUUGGGCCGUCCCGCGGUUCGGGUUCCAGUAUUUUUUACCAUUUGCUAAAGAUGGAAUUAAUCACCACAUUGAACUUGCAAUCCUGAGGGCAGAUAAGAUGGGUGUUAAGGUUCUGAGUCUUGCUGCAUUGAAUAAGAAUGAAGCGCUCAACGGCGGUGGAAUGCUUUUCACGAGCAAGCACCAAGAUCUGCGAGUUCGAGUUGUUCAUGGAAACACAUUAACUGCAGCUGUGAUCUUAAACGAGAUCCCAAAAGAUGUGCAAGAGGUUUUUCUCACAGGAGCAACAUCCAAGCUUGGUAGAGCCAUUGCAUUGCACCUAUGCCGCAAGAAAAUCCGCGUCUUGAUGCUAACUCUAUCAACUGAGAGGUUCCAGAAGAUUCAAAAGGAAGCUCCACCUCAGUUCCAGCAAUACCUUGUUCAGGUCACCAAAAUCCAAGCUGCAAAAAAUUGCAAGACUUGGAUAGCGGGCAAAUGGCUGUCGCCGCGCGAGCAGCUGUGGGCCCCGCCGGGCACGCACUUCCACCAGUUUGUCAUCCCGCCGAUCAUCGGAUUCCGGAAGGACUGCACCUACGGCAGGCUGGCCGCGAUGCGACUGCCCAAAGAUGUGCAAGGGCUCGGAAUGUGUGAGUACACGUUGGAGCGAGGGGUGGUGCACGCGUGCCACGCUGGAGGGGUGGUGCACCUGCUGGAAGGGUGGACCCACCACGAGGUGGGGCCCAUCGACGUGGACCGGAUCGACGUGGUUUGGCGCGCCGCGCUCAAGCACGGGCUCGCACCUCAGCUCCACUAUUAGCUUCUUAAUUAAUCAAUCCCCAAUCAAAUUAAUCAAUUAAUUAAUUCAACACCCCCCCCCCCACAACCAUUAGCUUUGGAAUUUGAUUAAUUUGGACCCAACCCACAUUACUUAAUUAUCCCCCACCCACCCCCCAAUUUCAUAGAGCCAAUUCUCUGCAACCCCGAAUGUCGAAAUUUUCUGCAUUAAUUCCUGACAUGUGAAGGUAAUCCGGCCGCCGUCUUCUGGAUUUCAAUUCGACGCGCUUUACAAUUCGAUGCGAAAUUGUAAGAGUACGGUUGUUAGAUUGCUGAUGCACGAGUCCAGCUAGGGUGUAGAAAAUUUCUGUAUAUCGAGUUGUGUCGAAUUUGGCUCUCUACAUGUAUGGUUAUUGCUUCGAAUAUUGGAUGGUUUAUUUGGGCUUUCGCAAUUCAAAAUCUCUUGUUCUAUGAAAAUCAUACAUAUACUUUUAUAUUUGAUCUCUUUUGCUUCAUUUAA